AUGGGUUUGGAGGACAAUAGAAUGGUUAAGCGUUUCGUCAACGUUGGCGAGAAGAAGGCUGGCUCUACUGCCAUGGCCAUCAUCGUCGGUCUUUUUGCUGCUUCUGGUGGUGUCCUUUUCGGAUACGAUACCGGUACUAUUUCUGGUGUCAUGACCAUGGACUACGUUCUUGCUCGUUACCCUUCCAACAAGCACACUUUCACUGCUGAUGAAUCUUCUUUGAUUGUUUCUAUCUUGUCUGUUGGUACUUUCUUUGGUGCACUUUGUGCUCCUUUCCUUAACGACACCCUUGGUAGACGUUGGUGUCUUAUUCUUUCUGCUCUUAUUGUCUUCAACAUUGGUGCUAUCUUGCAGGUCAUCUCUACUGCCAUUCCAUUGCUUUGUGCUGGUAGAGUUAUUGCAGGUUUUGGUGUCGGUUUAAUUUCUGCUACUAUUCCAUUGUACCAAUCUGAGACUGCUCCAAAGUGGAUCAGAGGUGCCAUUGUCUCUUGUUACCAGUGGGCUAUUACCAUUGGUCUUUUCUUGGCUUCUUGUGUCAACAAGGGUACUGAGCACAUGACUAACUCUGGAUCUUACAGAAUUCCACUUGCUAUUCAAUGUCUUUGGGGUCUUAUCUUGGGUAUCGGUAUGAUCUUCUUGCCAGAGACUCCAAGAUUCUGGAUCUCUAAGGGUAACCAGGAGAAGGCUGCUGAGUCUUUGGCCAGAUUGAGAAAGCUUCCAAUUGACCACCCAGACUCUCUCGAGGAAUUAAGAGACAUCACUGCUGCUUACGAGUUCGAGACUGUGUACGGUAAGUCCUCUUGGAGCCAGGUGUUCUCUCACAAGAACCACCAGUUGAAGAGAUUGUUCACUGGUGUGGCUAUCCAGGCUUUCCAGCAAUUGACCGGUGUUAACUUCAUUUUCUACUACGGUACUACCUUCUUCAAGAGAGCUGGUGUUAACGGUUUCACUAUCUCCUUGGCCACUAACAUUGUCAAUGUCGGUUCUACUAUUCCAGGUAUUCUUUUGAUGGAAGUCCUCGGUAGAAGAAACAUGUUGAUGGGUGGUGCUACUGGUAUGUCUCUUUCUCAAUUGAUCGUUGCCAUUGUUGGUGUUGCUACCUCGGAGAACAACAAGUCCUCCCAGUCUGUCCUUGUUGCUUUCUCCUGUAUUUUCAUUGCCUUCUUCGCUGCCACCUGGGGUCCAUGUGCUUGGGUUGUUGUUGGUGAGUUGUUCCCAUUGAGAACCAGAGCUAAGUCUGUCUCCUUGUGUACUGCUUCCAACUGGUUGUGGAACUGGGGUAUUGCUUACGCCACUCCAUACAUGGUGGAUGAGGACAAGGGUAACUUGGGUUCCAAUGUGUUCUUCAUCUGGGGUGGUUUCAACUUGGCUUGUGUUUUCUUCGCUUGGUACUUCAUCUACGAGACCAAGGGUCUUUCUUUGGAGCAGGUCGACGAGUUGUACGAGCAUGUCAGCAAGGCUUGGAAGUCCAAGGGCUUCGUUCCAUCUAAGCACUCUUUCAGAGAGCAGGUGGACCAGCAAAUGGACUCUAAAACUGAAGCUAUUAUGUCUGAAGAAGCUUCUGUUUAA